AUGAAUGUCACUAUUGAUCCAUUAAAUUUCACUGAAAGGUUCAAACUGAUGGCAUGGGGGAACAGAACAUAUAACUGGAGUUCAGCUCUUAAAAAUGCACCUACUAUCACUAACAGGGACUCAAUAAUUAUAGCAUUCUACAGCCUCAUAAUUCUUAUCAGCAUUUUUGGGAAUCUUUUGGUGUGCAACAUUGUGGCUCGAAGUGCAAAAAUGAGAAGCUCAACUUACGUUUUUAUAGCGAAUUUAGCUCUCUCAGAUUUUAUGAUGACUGUUCUCAACAUACCGUUCAACGUUGCGAGAAUUCUUCUCAACGAUUGGCCAUUUGGAAGCUUUAUGUGUUCAUUUGUACCGUUGGUGCAAGUCACAUCUGUGUAUGUGUCCACUUUCACAAUGACCUGCAUAGCGGUUGAUAGAUACAGAAUCAUCAGCAAGCCUUUGGAGCCAAGAUUAAGAAGUGCACAGGCCAUAAAAAUAAUAUCAUGCGUAUGGGUUUUGGCCAUCCUCUUAUCCCUGCCACACGCUAUUUUCAAUAAAGUCGAAUCAGUCUUCACCUACAGACGACUGGUUCGAUGUCGAACAGUCUACCCGAUUAACAUGAGCAAAUGGAUCACCCUCAUCGCUGUCAUCACUCAGUACAUAUUGCCUCUCAGUAUCACGGGAGUGCUCUAUUAUUUGAUCAUAGUUCAAGUUUGGUCUAGAAACUCUCUAGGGGUCGUGACGGAAGGACAGAGAGUGAGUCAGGCGAAAGCCAAGAAAAAGACCAUUAAAAUGCUUGUGGUUGUAGUGAUAUUGUUUGCUCUCUGCUGGUUCCCUCUGAACACAUUCAAUCUGCUCCGAGAAUUCAUUCCCAAAGCCUUCAUGCAAAAAUCAGUCACUCACUCUACUGUUUUCUUCAUCUGCCAUUGGCUGGCCAUGAGUUCUGUUUGCUACAACCCUUUCAUCUACUGCUGGCUCAAUGACCAUUUCAGGAGUGGUGCACUGAGUUGUCUGCUGUGCAUAAAGAACGCCGGACGUCAGUUGAACGACAGUUUCAAGUCCACUAAACUCUCCCGACUCAGCAGUGUUCCCACAACAGUAACAGUAGACUAUGGAUUCAAUUCCAGCCAAGAUGCGAAUAACGACAGUUGCUGUUCCAAUGCAGUUCAGAUGACCAGUAAAAGAUCUAGUUUGGACAGAUCUCGAUCGUUUCGUCAUUCCUAUGAAUUCGACAUUCCUCUAAAAUCUCUCCCAAGUAAAACAACGCAGGCUUCUUUAAAGAGGUGCUCAGCUUCUAAAAGCAAUGUAAAAGUUUCAACAACGCUGGUUGGUGGAGAAUUACAGAGUACAAAUUUUACUAUUAGUGAAGAAGCAUGCUAA